AUGAAGUCUACUAGUGAUCUUUCAUUAAGUCCAUCCUCGUCAUCGGUGGAUAAAAUACGGCUUUCCCGUCGCUUUACGCGUCGAAAACAGUUAAAACACCAUAGUUACGUUAUAAUAGGUUCUGGUACAGCUGCAAAUGCAGCAAUUGAAGCUAUACGACAGGAAGAUACAAAUGCUGAUAUUCUCAUGCUUAGUGAUGAAAAUGCGUUACCACGUUAUGACUUUAAUAGUCACAACAAGACAAGUCAAAGCCCCAUGGACGAUAAUAAGUAUAAUAAUGAUGAAGAUCCGGCACAAACUUAUAAUAGAGUCAAGAAGGAGGACACGCAUGACGAUAUAAUAGCGUCUGCUCUAUUAAAAAGCUACAACGAAUGGAGACGACAUUUAAGUGCACGAUUUGAAGACGAUAUUGUUCUCACUUCCUUCACAACACCACCAACAGCUCCUCUGACUUUAUUAUUGGAUAAACGUCCAUUGGAAUUUGAUGUGGAAAAGAAUCGUGUUUUCCUCGGUGAUGGAACCGAAAUACGCUAUGAACGAUGUCUUAUUGCAUCUGCUGGACGUCCAAAACAUUUCUACGUGCUGAAUAGUGAUCGAGUAUCAUAUUCACUUCGAGAUCGAGUUAAUACAUGCACCACUCGUGCAGAUUUUGUACGACUUGAUCAACUAGCAGCUGGUGAGACAACAAUGACCCAUGAAAAUAAAGAAGAAGCAGAAGGUGAUGAUGAUGAUGAUGAUGGGACAAUCUGCCAACGUGUUUUAGUCAUUGGUGCAGGAUUUCUAGGCUGUGAAGUCGCUUGUGCAUUGGCGACGGACUCACGAAACAAUCAUUUAAAGACGAAAUUGGUGUUUGUAGAACAGGCACCCGCAGCAACGACGUUACCGUCGUAUCUUGCUGAAGACCUCGGACGGCGUCUCUCUCGUGCGGGAGUAGAGGUACUACCGGACAGAUUAGUCACGAGUUUACGACCAAACGUUGAUGACAAUGACAAUGAAAGUGAUAGUGGUGUGACGGUCAGUGUACUUGGGAAAGAAAAAGCGGAAGCAGCGCUGGAUGCAGACUAUGUAGUAUUGGCGUCUACGCACACGGAUCCAGUCCCGACGCUUCGAAUGGGACGUGCAACACGCGCUGGAGGCGGACUCGAGCGAGACGAGAAGAAUGGCGGUUUGGUCGUGAAUGCUCAAUUGGAGGCUAUUUCCGGUCUUUUUGUCGCUGGUAACGCGGCAAGUUACUUUGAUCCGUACCUGGGAAGACGUCGUGUCGAUCGAUACGAUCACGCCGUGAACAGUGGGCUUACAGCUGGCCGCAACAUGGCCAGGUCUCUGCGUGGCGCUGGAAAGAUGAAGACGUACAGACACCAGCCAUUGUUUCGCAGCCAUCUAACCGGCGUAGGCGUAUUGAUUGAAGGUAUUGGGGAGGUGGACUCGUCGUUGCGUACCGUAGGUGUGUGGGUACAGCCACCCAAUAGUAGUACCGGUCCUGAUGGCGCUCAAGGAAUGCCAUAUGAGCGUGGUGUGGUGUACUACCUCAAGGGCAACAAGAUUAUGGGCAUUCUGCUCUGGAAUGCGUCGGACGUGUUGGAAAGUGCUCGUCAGCUCAUGUUAUCGAGGCCGGAAAUCCGAGACAACGUCGUGGAGGAGCUGAAGCACACAAUAUCACUUGCACCGAACGACUGGCUGCACGUGAUCUCCACGUGA